GCCAGUAAAGCGGGUGGGUGCGGCUGGGCUGCCCAGCCCCGGGAAAGCUGGUUGGAUACACUGCCUGGGGCAGCUGCACCAACCUCCGCGCCGCCACCACCGGACUGGAAGUAGAGUUGUCCCCACCGCCAGAACAAAUUAGUUAAGAUGUCCACAGUUCGGAAGCACUUUGGACUAAAAGGAACAGAAGAAUCGUACAUCUUUAAAGAGCUUGAGAAGAUUCGCCGGGAAAAUAAAAAGGAUUUUCUCCAAUUCAAGCAGAAGUUGCUCUCCAGGCCCACUGUGGAUGAAAGCCCAGUCUUUGGCCUCCAGGCCAGGCCGGGGGAGAUGGAGGGCCUUUCUCCUCUUGGGCCCCAGAAGCCAUCAAGGUCCCCUGGGGGUCGAGGCCCUGAGGCUUCUGCGGCGGCCCUCGCGCAGCUGGCGCGGGAAGGCACAGCGCACCUCCGGGGGGCGAGCGGGGCGGCCGCUCCGGGGAAGCCUCGCCACUUUCGCCCCCAGGACUUCUACUUGCGGAGCUCCGCGUUCCUGCGGCAUCGGCCCCACAAGAAGCCGCCGGUCAUCGCCUCCAACGCCGGCACCACCAAAUCCGUGGUCCUGAUGCCGCCGCCUGCGCCGGGGGAGGCCCGGGGUCCGCUGGCGCUCCCCGCGCCCGCGCCCCGCGGCCGUCCGGCCCCCCUCCACCGGGCCCGGGAGAAGGAGGCUGCGCCCGCCGAGCCCAGAAAGGUCAAAGAGAAGAGCAGCUCCUACCCCAGCGAGGAGCGGGACUGGAGGGGGGCCAGCCCGCGGAGGAGCCCCGGGAGGGCGCGCACGAGUUUCGCGCGCCAGGCCCCUGCGGCCGGCGAGGCCCGGGAAGGUGCAGCCUCAGGUCCCAGAACAGGCCCGAGGAGCGUCGCGCCCGGCGACUCGCUGGAGCCUGGCGCGCGAAUGGCCUCCUCGCGGCUCACGCUGCCGCCGCUGGGGCUGGUGAUCACCAUGUCCCUGGAGGAGAUCAUCGCCCUGCUGCAGUCUGAGGCUCAGCUGGCGUCAGACCAGACCAUGAAGGAGCUCAUCCAGCGCGUGCUCGGCCAGAGCUACGACAUGAAGAUGGAGGAUAUUGCUUUAAUGGGAAAAAUUGGCUCUCGGAAAACACCUCAAGAGCCAGCAGAGCAGGGAUUACAGAUAAGAGUUGAAGAAGCUCAAAUGGAAGCGCUGGAUGAACUUCCUGAAGUUGUAUCAAGUCUUUCACAGAUUGAACAAGAGGAUAUAUCAGAAUGGGGAAUCUCAGAUGGAGAAAGCAUGGUGUUUAAAACUCAGGAAACUUUGGAAGUGAAGCCAGUUGAUCAAUCAAGUAAACCUUUGGAAGAUAAAGAACCUGAAAAAGGUUCAAAAGCAGCCAAAAGGCUAUCUUUAAAGGGAGAAUCAUCUGAAAAUAUCCAAAUCAGAGGAAAAGAAAUUAAGCACAUGCUAACAAAUAAAUUAAAAGUUCCACAAGGCCGAACAAAGUCUUCAAAACCACUGCAGGAUCAAAAACAACCUACAAAAAAAAUUCCGCAAGACUACUCCAUCCGCAACCUUCAUCACCUGUGCACCACCGUCCCAGCCAAGAAGCUGCCCAUUGACUUGUGCCUGGCUUCUCGAAUAUACCAUACAGUCAACAAGAAAGGCCACAAAACAGUAGUGGAAGCAUUUGGAACCUCUUUUUUAAAUGAUCUCUAUACAGAUGAAGAACAAAAAAAUAAAAUACUGCAAGGAAUUCCUGUUAUGCGUGACGAUCAACAGAAUGUUGCCUUCUUUCCAGCAACACCAUUGCUGCCUCCUGAAAUGGCAGAAAGAACUAGACAGCACACAUGCAAACCAAACCUACAAAUCUUGGGAGAAGAAGUGUCUUCUUAUCCAGGAUGUACAAAGUUGUUUUGGAAUAUAACUCCACCCAAAUUCUCUGUUCCAGUAUCUAUCAUGAAGGAAACUGUAUAUCCAAAUUAUGAGAGUGUUCAAUCAAGCAGAAUUUUAAUUGACAGAUUAUCAUGUGAAAGCGAGGAAAGUGUCAUUACUUUAAGUCAGCGUAGGAUAAGUUCUAGGGCUUUCUUCCUAAGAAAAGCUGCAUCAUUUGAAAAUAUCCAACAUUUCAAUACACAGCCUCCGUGGUUAAAGAGAGUAAAAUCUACAGUUGAGUUGUGGAGGGAGGAGGCUCCCACAACAAAGUUUGAGAUCAAGAAUGAUGUGAACACCAACAUGGAAGAGGUGUUGUUUCAGAAAUCAAAGGCGUUGGAGUGGCAGAGCAUUACUGAGCAAAAGGAAACUGAGGAAUCCAGCUCUGUGCGAGAGAGUAUCGAUACCAUCUUAGAUAAUAUGCAGCACAGACACAGUUUUAGAAAUCUCUCUCUCUCUCUCAUUGAAGCAUCCAAACAAGCUGGCAUUACUUACAUUGUUUAUCCCAAGAAAAGGAAGAUGAAGUGGAGAAAAAGAAUGAAAUUUCAGAAACUUACAAUGGUGUAUGAAGAAUUAGCCAAGCCUCCAAAAAUUAUUGAAAGAUCAAUGUCUCAUGGAAUCCUCCCUGAACAGAAGAAAUAUUUGCUUAAACUUCCAUUAUAUGAACGUCUGUAUCGAUGCCCCAGCCUACCUAAGAAAUUAGAUUUUGACAAAUUUGUUGAAAGCAUGGGAGGAAAUAAAGAAGAUACUGACCUUAGGACAUGGGCUCUUGGUUUAUUUACUAAAUAUAAACAUCAGAAAUCCACCAAAAAUAAAGUUGUUAAGAUAGCUGUUUCUGGAGGCCAGUCUGAAGAAGUGAAAAAACCAGCAAACCUGAAACUGAGUGAUUCUUUGCAGUCUGAACUUCCUCCAGAGGUCCUUCAACAUUAUAUAUCCGAAGUGGAGAUCUUGACUCAAGAAAUAAAUAAUAAGGAAGUAUAUCCUGCAUUUUCAUAUUGUAGGCGUGGAGCUAUUUAUAGGAAACUGGGAAUGUUAAAGAGUGCCAUGAAUGAUCUACAAGAAGCUAUACACUUGGAACCAUUGUUUCUCAAUGCCUAUUGGCACCGACAUUUCAUUUAUCUUUUCCAAGACAAAAUUAAUGAAGCAUUGGAUGACCUCAAUUAUAUAAAUAAAUGUAAUAAAAAUAAUGCAGAGGCAUAUUUGUCAAAGGCAGAAAUUUUCAGGAGGAAAAAUGAGAAUACCUUGGCAAUUCUCAACUACACCCAGGCAAUUAAGUGUAAGCCAAGCGAUGCUGACAUAUAUUUCAGGAGGGGUGAAAUGUAUGAAAUAGAAAACAAGGUACUGGCCAUUGAUGACUUUUCUAAGUGUAUUUUUUAUGAUCCCCAAAGAACAGAUGCAUUAUUGAAACGUGGGAUAUUUUACUAUGAAAAUGAAAACUGGAUUCCAGCCAUACAAGACUUUACAGCAUUGUUAAGGAUAAAUCCACAAAAUUCUCAAGCAAGGACAUACCGGGGUAGAGCAUAUUGUAAACGGCAUUUUUAUAAACUAGCAGCUCAAGAUUUUUCGUUUGCAAUUCACUUCGAUCCUAAUAACUGGUUAGCAUUGUAUUAUAGGGCCUGCUUAUUUAGAAAGAGUAACCCUUUUAGAGCGCUACAGGAUUAUAGUGUUUCAGUUCUCUUAAAUGAUGGUUAUGAGAAUGUUUCUUCUUUUCUACAUCGGGGCAUAUUAUAUACAGAUCUAAAACUUUGGAUGCUGGCAAUUUGCGACUUUGAAACUGUUAUUUCUCUAGAAAGAACAAUUAUUUUGGCGUAUAUCAAUAUUGGUCUCAUAAAUAUGUUAUACCUGGAUAACUAUGUUGAAGCCAUUUUUCAGUUUUCCACAGCUAUUAGACUUGAUCCUUUAUAUAUGCAGAGCUAUAUUUGUCGAGCAGAAUCUUAUUAUAAGUUACAUAGGCUAAAACAGGCAGUAAGGGAGUUAUCUCGGGCCAUCCACCUUCAACCAGAUGGAAUCCAAUUAUACAUAUUAAGAGGACAAUAUCUUCUUAUGAUGAAAAGGUACGAUCUUGCAAAGUUCACUAUUUAUCAAGUAGCAGCAAUGAACAAAGAUUCCAUUGGGUUGAGUCCUAUACAGGAAUCACUCAUUUAUUCAUUUUGUGAAAAACAUGACAAAGCCAUUCAGAUCUUGGAAGGGGUGAUUUUACAAAAGCCGGAGAUAACCAUGUACACUCUUUUAGCAAAAGCCCAAAUGAAGGCCAAGAAAAACAAGGAAGCUGUGAAAACAUUUAAAAAGGCUUUGGAAGUGUUUUCUCAUUCCGAUAAAGGGCCAAGUGCUGUAGCAGCUUCAGCAGACUGUCUGUAUUACCUGGGUCUUUGUUACCUGGAGGAUGGCAACACGCAACUGGCUUUUGAUUCAUUUACACAAGCUGUGAAAGCAAAUCCUGGAUUUGCUGAAGGCUUUUAUCAACGUGGGAUUUGUAAAGUAAAACUCCAAAAGGAUGGCUCAAUCCUGGAUUUUAAUCAUGCACUUGCCAUUGAUCCAAAUCAUUACCAGGCAUAUUUAAGUCGAGUGGCCUUCUAUGGUUUGCAAGGCAGAUACUCCAAAGCAAUCUUGAAUUGUAAUGAGGCCAUCAAAAUUUAUCCCCGGAGUGUGCGUGCUUUUAUCUACAGAGGAGUUCUGAAGUACUACAACAAGACUUAUAAGCUAGCAAUUAUAGAUCUAACUACAGCUGUCAACAUGGACAAGACCAGUUACAUAGCAUAUUAUAACAGAGCAUUAUGUUACACCAAGAUAAAUGAAAUUCAAAUGGCAUUAAAAGAUUAUGGAAUUGUGCUUCUUCUUAAUGCUAGAGAAAAUGUGACAUUAAACACCUUCAUUAAUCGUGGACUCAUCUAUGCAGAACUAGAGCAGUACAGUUUUGCAUUAGAGGAUUUUAAACAAGCUACACUGAUGAAGACGUGUGUGAAUCUUUGCCAAGCCACUGCCAUAUGCCAUCACAGAAUUAAAGAGUUUGAAGAUGCUGUUAAUUUCUUCACCCGGGCUCUUAAAAUUGACCCAUGUUUUCUGGAUGCUUACGUUGGACGGGGAAAUUCUUACAUGGAAUAUGGUCACGACGAAGCCACCAAGCAGGCACAGAAGGACUUUCUGAAAGCAUUGCAUUUUAAUCCGACGUACACAAAAGCCAGAAUUAGUUUAGGCUAUAAUUUGCAGGCUCAAGGAAAAUUCCAGAAGGCUUGGAACCAUUUUACCAUUGCCAUAGAACUUGAUCCAAAGAGCUACCUAGCCUAUGAAGGAAGAGCUGUGGUCUGCCUCCAGAUGCGUGAUUAUUUUGCUGCAAUUCAGGAUAUAAAUGCUGCCAUAAAGAUCAAUACUACAGCAGAAUUCUUAACAAAUCGUGGUGUGAUUCAUGAGUUUAUGGGUCAACAACAGAAUGCAAUGAAAGACUAUCAAGGGGCAAUUUCUUUAAACCCCACGUACUCGCUGGCUUACUUUAAUGCAGGAAAUAUCUACUUUCACCACAGGCAGUUUUCCCAGGCCAGCAACUACUUCUCAAAGGCUUUAAAAUUUGAUCCAGAAAAUGGAUACAUAGCCAUGAAUCAAGCUAUUUCAAAUACAGUAUUAAAGAAAUAUGAAAAAGCAAAAGAAGAUUUUGAACGUGUAGUUGAAACCUGUCCCUUUUGGUCUGCAGCAUAUUUUAACAGAGCACAAUUCUACUGUUGCUUAAAGCAAUAUGCACUAGCUGAAGAAGACCUUAACAAAGCCCUGUCUUUGAAACCCAAUGAUGCUCUAGUAUAUAAUCUUAGAGCACAAGUUCGUGGUAAAAUAGGUCUGAUUAAAGAAGCCGUGACUGACUAUAACCAAGCACUUGACCUUCAAGAAUUUGCCUCACAUGGACUGUAGUUUCCAGUGUGGUUUACACACCUUCCAGAAAUUGAAAUGCAUUGUUGUUUAAAAGUUUGCACUAUCUUCAUUAUUGUAUUCAUUGUUUUAUCUUUAAUAGCCCUCUAAUGCAUUUUAACAACAUAUUUGAGUUAUAUAUGAGUUAUAAAACUUUUAGAUCCUUUUCUGCUUAUUUGGAAUAACUAAUAUUUGCAUUUCUUAAUGGGAUGCUGAAUUUAAUGGAAUAUUUCUUAAAAGAUAUUAACACAAAACUUUCUUUAAAGUCAAAUGAUAGCAUUUGAAAUGAUGCUGCUGAUAAUAAUUGCAGAAAAGUGUCUGAUCUUUUCAUCAAUAUCUAUACAUAAUGUAUGCACAGUGUCCAGAUUUAACACAAUAAAUAUGGAGUUGAUGACUAUAAAGAAGUUUAAGUCCAGUAUAUUUCCUGUCUUUUUAAAACCUUGUAUAUACAAACCUGUGUUCUUCCUGGUGCUUAUUAUCUUCCAACAUAUAAACACGUUUCUCUUUUAUGCAAUGCCUUCUCUCCAGGACAGCACCCAUAAAAAUUUUGCACAUCCCAUUUGGUCUAUGCCUUGUGGCUAUGGGUAGCAGAUAAUUAAACUUGAAAGUUAUGACUGUAAUAAUCAUGUUUUUUCACUUACUUUAAGCAAGAUACGCUGUUGCAUGCUUCAUAGACAUUGCUUUCUCAAUAACCUCUUGAGGUA